AUCACAAGUCUGUUUAUGAUUUGUCUAUUCUGUUACCUCCGGGUUGAUCUCCGCGUCUGUUUCCAGGGUUUAGUAUCAUAUUUUAUCUCAUCCUGCUCAUAAUGUUUCUCCGUAUCGUCCUCGCCGGCUGUCUUCUUGCCUCGUCACACGCAGGGUCGGUAACUUCAAGAUCCGACUCUGAUCCCUCGCCGUCUAGCGCGCUCCCGUCCACCAUCCAGCCUGUCACUGAACUCAUUAUUGCUAAUAAAGUAAUUGCGCCUGACGGCUUUGCACGGUCGGCAACACUCGCAGGAGGGAUGUUUCCUGGCCCUCUCAUCAAAGCGCAGAAGAAUGACAACUUUAGCAUCAAUGUCGUGAACAGAUUACAGGACAAAAACAUGGCUUUGUCGACGAGCGUACACUGGCAUGGCAUCCAACAAAAGAAGACGAACUGGGCAGAUGGUGCCUCGUUCAUCACUCAGUGUCCGAUCCCUCAAAAUCGCUCCUUCCUCCACCAAUUUACCGCACCCAACCAGACUGGAACUUUUUGGUAUCACUCGCAUUUUUCCACCCAGUAUUGCGACGGUCUUAGAGGACCACUUGUCAUAUAUGACCCUGACGAUCCACAUCAAGAAUUGUAUGACAUAGAUGAUGAGAGCACAAUAAUCACGCUUUCCGACUGGUACCACGAUCCUACGACUAAGCUGAACAAAAUCCUUGGCCCCGUCACCUACAACUCCACCCUCAUCAAUGGUCUGGGGCGCUACCGCGGUGGACCCAAAUCGCCUCUUUCUGUCAUCAAUGUCGAGCAGGGCAAUCGUUACCGGUUCCGUAUCAUCGGUCUUUCUUGUGACCCAUCAUAUAACUUCACUAUCGAUGGCCAUGUCAUGACGAUCAUCGAAGCUGACGGCAUCGAAACUGUCCCUGUGACUGUGGAUUCACUUCCAGUGCUCGCUGGCCAACGCUACUCUAUCGUCGUCCACGCGAACAAGCCUGUGGAUAAUUACUGGGUUCGCGCACCAUCCAACUUUGCAAACCAAACGUUUGUAGGUGGCUUGAAUCAAGCCAUCCUUAGGUACAACGGUGCGCCCGAUGCAGAUCCUACGAGCUCUCCUGGACCCUAUAUCUUGCCAUUCAACGAAGCGAAUCUUGCGCCUCUGAUCAGCGUUCCGGUUCCUGGUUUCCCUGAGAUCGGAAAAGCAGACGUCCACAUCAACUUGCUUGCCGUCACCAUUAAUAACCUCUUCAGGGUUAACGAUGUUCAGUACCACAACCCUCCGACGCCGGUUCUGUUGCAAAUGCUCAGUGGGGCGCGGCAUCCCUCAGAUUUGCUGCCGAGCGGAAGCGUAUACGAGCUUCCCUCGAAUAAGGUAGUGGAGAUCACCUUUCCCAACACAGGUUUAGCUUUCGGAGGUCCACAUCCUAUCCACCUUCACGGACACAAUUUUGCCGUUGUUAGAAACGCGGGCAGCAACACAACGAACUUCGUCAACCCGGUCUGGAGAGACACGGUAAGUAUGGGAUCGACAGGGGAUAACGUCACAAUACGUUUCGUCACGGACAAUUCUGGACCAUGGUUUAUCCAUUGCCACAUCGACUUCCAUUUGAACCAUGGCUUUGCAGUGGUCAUGGCUGAAGCUCGGGAUCAACUUGCCGAUGUCAACGCGACUAUUCCAGAAUCUUGGGCCUCGCUGUGUCCUUCAAACGAGCAAUCACGCCUGGUUUCCAUCAACACGACCAGACACACAUGAUUUACGCUGUCAUCGAACAUUCAAUUCUUCAGUUCCGAUUUCUAAUGCACACUACUUAUACCCGGUUAUACCCCUCUUUUAUUUAUAAAACUAUCGUUGCAUCUACGCAUCUCUUCACAUCAUGAUGAUUUGCUGUUGUCGAACAUUUAACUUGCAUUUUUUAUUUAUUUCUCUGCUUAAUAACUUAUCUUUGGAGACCACGGGAGAGGGGGCGUGUAAUGUGGCUGUAGAGUAAUUGUGUUGUCUCGAGGGGUGAUGCAUAUGCAUUAACCUAUCGUUGUUGUUUCUUCUCAUUGUUGGACUGAACAUUCAGACUUGUGCCCAAGGCAGUGCGUUCAUGAGAGGC